CUUGGAUCAAGAGAACAUGCUUUCAGAGAUAAAGAUCCCAGCAACUGUUUUCCUUAAUAUACCAUAUAAAGUCUUGAUGAUUGUUGUAUUUCCUGCAGUAAAGUAGUACAUGUUCAAUAGUUUCUUGCUGACUGAUACUUACAUUCUACAGCUGAGUCCUUCUUAAUCUUACACAAUACUUAGACAUGCUUUUGGAAAACAGCCAAUGUUUAUCAAGACAGUUCACUGAUUUCAGAGAUUUUACCGCUGUCAAUGUUUUAAAUAAGUACAUAAAGAGAAAUAAUAUCUUCAGAUAAGAAUCUAUUUUGGCCUGUUACUCCGAUUUGACAGUUUUUAAUUCAUUCAUUUUAUCUCAGUGUAAAGCUAUUCUGAGUAGACAAGUCAAACUUUGAGGUUCAUGACAGAAAGACAGGAAGAAGAUGCCCCUUGCUUGCAAAACUCACAUUAAAGAGCUGACUACUUUCCUGCAAAAGCUAUCAGUCCACCCAGCAGAUCAAACACCUUUUCUGAAAACAUCCCACCACAGUAAAGGUUUCGGUUUGACUCAGAUGUUGAUCUGCUUGUUUCACAUCUCAGGCUGUCUUAACACAUUUGUGCUGCACCCACAACCCAUAUCCAUAUAUAUAAAUACACACACACUCACUUAAACACAGACACAUACAUCCAAAAAGCGUGUGUAUGUGUGCCCUAGGAGGGUUAUCAACAUUUAAGGUCUUAAUAGGUCAGACAAGUCAUUAAACCGUUGCUGAAAAUGUUUCACGCGUUUGCUUUGUUCUUUUUAUCGUGUCUAAUUGGAGUGUUCGGUCAGUCGGUGUCGGUGACGGAGGGAGAUUCUGUCACUCUGAACACUGGUGUUACCGAAAUACAGGAACAUGAUGAUAUACUGUGGAAAUUUGGAGCUGAAACGUCUCUCAUAGCUGAAAUCAAUAAAGCUACUGGAAUCUUCUCCACAUAUGAUGGCUCUGAUGGGAGAUUCAGAGACAGACUGAAGAUGGAUCAAACUGGAUCUCUCACCAUCAUGAACAUCACGACUCAACACGCUGGAGUUUAUAAAGUAGAGAUAAGUAAAGUCAAGUGGUCAUCAAAAACAUUUAGUGUUUCUGUCUACAUUCGUCUGCCUGUUCCUAACAUUACCAGCAACUUUUCAUCAUGUUCAUCAUCAUCUUGUUCAUUGUUGUGUUCGGCGGUGAACGUGGGUCAUGUGACUCUCUCCUGGUACAAAGGAAACCGUUUGUUGUCCAGCAUCAGUGUGUCUGAUCUCAGCAUCAGUCUCUCUCUACCUCUGGAGGUGGAACAUCAGGAGAAAAACACCUACAGCUGUGUGAUCAACAACCCCAUCAGAAACCAGACCACACAUCUGAACAUCAGUCGACUCUGUCACACAUGCAAUGAUCCUCCAGUCUUUAUGUCUGUGAGACUAUUGUUCUUGUCCACUGCUGGAUCUUUGAUGAUUUUAGUUUCAGCCGUGAUGUGCUGCAUCUACAAGAAACAUAGAAAAAAGGUUCAGACACAGAAGGAAGACGGAGCCGAUUCAACAUUGUGCAGACCAAAACAACAAAAAAAGAAUUCAAAGACAGUAGCUGUGUAUGAAAAUGUCCACAAAAAACAAGGAACAAACGUCCACUGAAACUGAUGCUAGAGCUCUUACAGGACACUGUGUUACGAUUUUGGGAUUUGAUUUUGAUUUAUUCUUACUUAUUCCCUGCUUGGUUGUUCUCUUUUUUUUACCUUUUGGUGUUAUUGUGAAUUUUGUUUUACUGUAUUAAUUCAUCACUAGCACAACAUCCAGAAGCUGAAAUGUUCUAUUUUUAUUUAAUCAUGUAAAAAAAUAUCUAACUAUCAUUAUACAUUAAACAUUAAUCCAACCUUCAUUGUUGUCUUUUACU